AUGUACCGUCCGGUAGACAAUAUUCAACUACGGCAGGAUGUUUUCGAUGGUUCGACGGAGCAUCGACUCGUUUAUCAGCCGCUGACGGUGAGGAGGAUUGUGCCGAAUGCGCCGCGCGACGAAUGGGAGUUUGGAGAUGAUCCUGCUAUGGAAUCGUCGACGAUCAAUCGGACGAUGUACCAAGGCGGAACCGGCGAGAGGUAUGCUGCCACUCGACCCAAGGAUCAGAUCGACAAGCCCAACGAUCCACUGGAAUCGUCGACGAUCAAUCGGACGAUGUACCAAGGCGGAACCGGCGAGAGGUAUGCUGCCACUCGACCCAAGGAUCAGAUCGACAAGCCCAACGAUCCACUGGAAUCGUCGACCAUCAAUCGGACAAUGUACCAAGGCGGAACCGGCGAGAGGUAUGCUGCCACUCGACCCAAGGAUCAGAUCGACAAGCCCAACGAUCCACUGGAAUCGUCGACGAUCAAUCGGACAAUGUACCAAGGCGGAACCGGCGAGAGGUAUGCUGCCACUCGACCCAAGGAUCAGAUCGACAAGCCCAACGAUCCACUGGAAUCGUCGACGAUCAAUCGGACAAUGUACCAAGGCGGAACCGGCGAGAGGUAUGCUGCCACUCGACCCAAGGAUCAGAUCGACAAGCCCAACGAUCCACUGGAAUCGUCGACGAUCAAUCGGACGAUGUACCAAGGCGGAACCGGCGAGAGGUAUGCUGCCACUCGACCCAAGGAUCAGAUCGACAAGCCCAACGAUCCACUGGAAUCGUCGACCAUCAAUCGGACAAUGUACCAAGGCGGAACCGGCGAGAGGUAUGCUGCCACUCGACCCAAGGAUCAGAUCGACAAGCCCAACGAUCCACUGGAAUCGUCGACGAUCAAUCGGACGAUGUACCAAGGCGGAACCGGCGAGAGGUAUGCUGCCACUCGACCCAAGGAUCAGAUCGACAAGCCCAACGAUCCACUGGAAUCGUCGACGAUCAAUCGGACGAUGUACCAAGGCGGAACCGGCGAGAGGUAUGCUGCCACUCGACCCAAGGAUCAGAUCGACAAGCCCAACGAUCCACUGGAAUCGUCGACCAUCAAUCGGACAAUGUACCAAGGCGGAACCGGCGAGAGGUAUGCUGCCACUCGACCCAAGGAUCAGAUCGACAAGCCCAACGAUCCACUGGAAUCGUCGACCAUCAAUCGGACAAUGUACCAAGGCGGAACCGGCGAGAGGUAUGCUGCCACUCGACCCAAGGAUCAGAUCGACAAGCCCAACGAUCCACUGGAAUCGUCGACCAUCAAUCGGACAAUGUACCAAGGCGGAACCGGCGAGAGGUAUGCUGCCACUCGACCCAAGGAUCAGAUCGACAAGCCCAACGAUCCACUGGAAUCGUCGACGAUCAAUCGGACGAUGUACCAAGGCGGAACCGGCGAGAGGUAUGCUGCCACUCGACCCAAGGAUCAGAUCGACAAGCCCAACGAUCCACUGGAAUCGUCGACCAUCAAUCGGACAAUGUACCAAGGCGGAACCGGCGAGAGGUAUGCUGCCACUCGACCCAAGGAUCAGAUCGACAAGCCCAACGAUCCACUGGAAUCGUCGACGAUCAAUCGGACAAUGUACCAAGGCGGAACCGGCGAGAGGUAUGCUGCCACUCGACCCAAGGAUCAGAUCGACAAGCCCAACGAUCCACUGGAAUCGUCGACGAUCAAUCGGACAAUGUACCAAGGCGGAACCGGCGAGAGGUAUGCUGCCACUCGACCCAAGGAUCAGAUCGACAAGCCCAACGAUCCACUGGAAUCGUCGACGAUCAAUCGGACGAUGUACCAAGGCGAAGGCGGAACCGGCGAGAGGUAUGCUGCCACUCGACCCAAGGAUCAGAUCGACAAGCCCAACGAUCCACUGGAAUCGUCGACGAUCAAUCGGACAAUGUACCAAGGCGGAACCGGCGAGAGGUAUGCUGCCACUCGACCCAAGGAUCAGAUCGACAAGCCCAACGAUCCACUGGAAUCGUCGACGAUCAAUCGGACAAUGUACCAAGGCGGAACCGGCGAGAGGUAUGCUGCCACUCGACCCAAGGAUCAGAUCGACAAGCCCAACGAUCCACUGGAAUCGUCGACCAUCAAUCGGACAAUGUACCAAGGCGGAACCGGCGAGAGGUAUGCUGCCACUCGACCCAAGGAUCAGAUCGACAAGCCCAACGAUCCACUGGAAUCGUCGACGAUCAAUCGGACAAUGUACCAAGGCGGAACCGGCGAGAGGUAUGCUGCCACUCGACCCAAGGAUCAGAUCGACAAGCCCAACGAUCCACUGGAAUCGUCGACGAUCAAUCGGACAAUGUACCAAGGCGGAACCGGCGAGAGGUAUGCUGCCACUCGACCCAAGGAUCAGAUCGACAAGCCCAACGAUCCACUGGAAUCGUCGACCAUCAAUCGGACAAUGUACCAAGGCGGAACCGGCGAGAGGUAUGCUGCCACUCGACCCAAGGAUCAGAUCGACAAGCCCAACGAUCCACUGGAAUCGUCGACCAUCAAUCGGACAAUGUACCAAGGCGGAACCGGCGAGAGGUAUGCUGCCACUCGACCCAAGGAUCAGAUCGACAAGCCCAACGAUCCACUGGAAUCGUCGACGAUCAAUCGGACAAUGUACCAAGGCGGAACCGGCGAGAGGUAUGCUGCCACUCGACCCAAGGAUCAGAUCGACAAGCCCAACGAUCCACUGGAAUCGUCGACGAUCAAUCGGACAAUGUACCAAGGCGGAACCGGCGAGAGGUAUGCUGCCACUCGACCCAAGGAUCAGAUCGACAAGCCCAACGAUCCACUGGAAUCGUCGACGAUCAAUCGGACAAUGUACCAAGGCGGAACCGGCGAGAGGUAUGCUGCCACUCGACUCAAGGAUCAGAUCGACAAGCCCAACGAUCCACUGGAAUCGUCGACCAUCAAUCGGACAAUGUACCAAGGCGGAACCGGCGAGAGGUAUGCUGCCACUUGA